AGAAACAAAAGUUCCUACAGGAACAAGGUUCUCUUAACGGACCCUAAAGUAAUUUGCAAAGAUCUACCCCCGCUUUCAUAUGCAAAUCAAGAACCGAGAGGGUUGGGCUGGGCUGCGCUGGGUUGGGCUAGCUCUCAGCUUGUAGCCGAGUAACCAGUUUCCGAGAGCUCUGUGCAUUAGAGCACACGUAGCACGUAGUUGAGAGGAGAGCUUUGCUAUCCGAUGCCGAAGCUGGGGGGGAAUGGACUGGAGACAGAAUUAGAGAACUACUCUUAAUUAAACCACAUGUCUUCUUUGGAGACUCGACAAGCAAACACAGCUGAGAACCUGUCCCAAUGCAAGAUCUUCCAGAAAAGUAAGUUGGAGGCUGGGUGACUUACGGGUUUCAGCAACCGAUCAGUUCUCAGUCCCUGAAGAGGGAUUCUUUCCCCCCUCCCCUCCCCCGAGGAAUCAAAAGAAUGAACUUUGGGAAAUAUUAUCUUUUUAUCAUUCCUGUGCUGAGCGUGGCCCUCUUUGUCCUACUGUACAACCAUCAACUCUAUCAACCAAAGACCUAUCAGCGGUUAAAUGUAUCUAAUGAGCGAUAUUCUCUAUCCCAAUCCUGUAAUGCCGUCAUAGAAGGGAGGCCAACGUUUGCGUGGGAGAAAGUAUUAAUGCCUUCAUUUGGAAGUCUCUCCUGUAAGGAGUACUUGCUCCAUAGUCACUACAUAACAGCUCCCCUGUCUAAAGAAGAAGCCCAGUUUCCUUUAGCCUAUGUAAUGGUCAUACAUAAAGAUUUUGAAACCUUUGAGAGGCUUUUCAGGGCUGUUUACAUGCCCCAAAAUGUUUAUUGUAUUCAUGUGGAUGAGAAGGCAACUGCUGAAUUUAAAGAUGCUGUGGAGUGGCUGGUAGGCUGCUUCUCCAAUGCUUUUCUUGCCUCCAAGAUGGAGCCAGUUGUCUAUGGUGGAAUAUCCAGGCUCCAGGCUGACCUGAAUUGCAUGAAAGACCUUGUCGUUUCUGAAGUUCAGUGGAAAUAUAUUAUGAACACUUGUGGGCAAGAUUUCCCUCUGAAAACCAAUAAGGAAAUAAUCCAGCAUCUGAAAGGAUUUAAAGGGAAAAAUAUCACUCCAGGGAUACUGCCUCCUGCACAUGCUAUUGAAAGGACUAAAUAUGUCUUCAAAGAAUAUAUGAGUCCUCAAGUCUCAUAUAUGCAAAAAACCAAAAUUUUAAAAUCCUUACCUCCCCAUCAACUGGUAAUUUACUUUGGUUCAGCUUAUGUGGCCCUUACAAGGGAGUUUGUCAACUUUGUUCUCCAAGACCAUCGGGCCAUUGAUUUACUGCAGUGGUCUAAGGACACCUAUAGUCCUGAUGAGCAUUUCUGGGUGACACUCAAUCGGAUCUCUGGAGUUCCUGGAUCCAUGCCAAAUGCAUCCUGGGAAGGAAAUCUUCGAGCUGUAAAGUGGCAUGAUAUGGAAAGUGAACAUGGAGGCUGUCAUGGUCACUACAUACGUGAAAUUUGCAUCUUUGGAAAUGGCGACUUAAAGUGGUUAUAUGACUCUCCAAAUAUGUUUGCUAACAAGUUUGAGCUUAAAACAUAUCCACUUACUUUAGAAUGCCUGGAGCUGAGGCUUAGAGAAAGAGCCUUAAACCAAAGUGAAACUCCAGUACAAUCAAGCUGGUAUCUUUGAUCUUCCUUGAUUCCAGGAUUCAAGGGAAUGAAGAUGGAAACAAAAGCUUAAUUAAUGACUUAGUUUGGAGAGGAGCUUUUCAUUUCCUUAAAGAUUUGGUCUCUAAUAGUCACAGUUUUCAAGGAUUAGCUCUAAGAUGACAAUGAACAUUUUGCCACCCAAGAUGAAACAUUGACCAAAGCAGAAGCUGCAUUCCAAGUAAUGAGCAUGAACCAAUUGGAUACCUGUGACUUUUUUCAUUCUACAAAUUUCAACUAUUGAUAUAUUAUAGACAAAAUAAUUGGACCAUUUUAUUUAAGACUUUUGUUGUAGCUACAUGUCAGAUAUCCAGAGCAUACUGAAAUAUAAAGAAGAAAGUCUACAUUUUUGUUGCUGUGUCUAUGACAAAGCAGAAUGAGUUCACCUCCAAGAAAGAAUUAUUUCUGACUUAAACAGUGCCACGUCUCCAGCAAAGGAUAGAGCAAGGCUUGAAACAUUGAAUGACAUAUACUUCAUUGGAAGGAAAAAAAAAAGUCUGUGAAGACCGUGUGCUUUCUCCAUUACAAAUUCCAGGUUUUUCUGUGCCCUUGGCUCUCUUUUAUAUUUACCUUCUGAGCAAGGAGUUGUGAUACCAGCUUGGAUAUUUGCAGGGAGAAGUUGUGAAGUAAAGAAAAUUUCAACUUUACUGAAGCAUGGAUUCCUUCCUCUGUGUGUAUGGGGAAGACAAUGCACUUUUACAUGUUUAUAGAAUUUGAAAAGGAGUAAAUUCUUAAGUGCUGCUUGAACUCUCUGUGGUGUCUGAGUUAAUCACUACAUGUUUAUGUGAUUCUUUCUAUGCUUUCUUAACAAUAACAUCCCAGAGAGUAGAUUGUACUCUGCCUAGCAGAGCUUUACCUUGAGCCAGUAUAAAAUAGCUUUGUCACAUGUUGUCAACUAUAGGAAUAUAAAAUAGUACAGUUUUUUUUCCCCAUUCUUCUUUCUAUCUUCCUUACAAUAAAACAAGCAAUUCUAGGCAUUCAUUCACAGGAAGAAGAUUCUAAGACCCUUAAAAUCAAUGGAGGCAGUUACCUUAGCACUAGGAAAUACAGAGGUUCUAAAGAAUUGCAGAAUCUCAUUCUUUUAGCAUGAUAAAGUCAGGGUUUAAGAUACCCAUACCUGAGUUUUCCAGAAUUGCUGUCAGAUCAUGGAAGGAGUACAUAAGGAAAUUGGCCAACCACCUUGAGAGGAAAUAUUACAGGUUCUUCAGUAACUGGUUCCUCCUGUUAAAACAUUCCAUUCAUUUCUGAAGCUGGAACCUAUUCAGAAGAAGAGUAGAAUUUGGGACAACUUUUUUUUCUUUAGAGGAAAAGUCAAUCACACUGUCAUCUUAAGCCAUUUUACUGUGAGCAAAAGAACGUGUUCCCACUAUGAAAAAAGCCAGCCUCUUCAGUAACAUUUGAUUGAAGUCUAUGUUGUCAUCCUAUCAAUACUUUGGAUUGCUACAGUUUUUUCCUGAUUAAAAUUUUUACUAGAGAACCAGUAGUAUGUAUUUAGAUAGGAAAAUAGUAUUUUUUAUCUGUAAUUUGUGCUUAUUCAAAAUUAUACCUGUGUCACAUUUAACGGGACCAACUUUGCCAAAGGGAAAAGUGUGACUUUUCCUGCUAAAGAAUAAACUGCAAUCAAUUGGUGAGUAAAAACCAAUCAAAUUGCAAUCAGUGAUGUCAGAAAAUAGAUUCUGAAGGUCUAAAUGAAUAAGCUGGAAACUAAAGACUGUUUUAUACACUGGACUUUGCCAGGAGAACUCUUUCAGAAAUAGAUGUUUACACUUCAGCUAGAGCUCUCCUACAAACUUUUCAGGAAGAACAGGUUAGAGCGGAGCCUCAGACUGACAGAUGAUCACUGGCCUGCUUGGCAUGACCUUAAACUACUGAUUAUGUCUUUGUUUUGAAUGAUUUUUGUGUUAUAUUUUCAUUUAAAUAAAUUAAUAUAUUGUUUUCCAUUUUUAUAGGACAAUGUAUAGAGUUGCUGGUGUUGUUAAUUGACUCAUUGGUUAAAAUCCAUUGAGAAAGAUCAUUAUAUGAAGGCAGUCCUCACAUAAAAAUUCAUUCAUUGAAAGAAAGAAAAUGAAAAGUUUCUUUAAUUUUCUGGGAAUGAUUCAAAGCAAAAUAGUAGUGUCAAACUCAUGUAUAAAGAAGUAGGACUAGACUUCUUUAUACAUCCAUGUGCUAGUUGUAUAACCAUAUAAGUGCGUAUACAUAUACUAGACCAUAUACAAACAUCCCUGAAGUUGUAUGUUGUUUUGGAAAACCCCAUACUAACAUUAUCUCUGUUGUAUAUUUAUUUUGUUCAAUAUUUCCCAAGUACUUUUGAAUCUAGUUCAACCUACAAGGGUGCCAUUCUUUUUGACACCUCUGGCCUAAAAAAAAGAAAAAAAAAAUGGGCCAAUCAUAUGGCAAGAACAA